CAUAAACGUUAACGACGAAGGCUUGACCAGCAUAACAGUCGAUUAAUUUUCGUAUUUUAAUCUGAAACUUGUCUUGAUAUAUUUCCCCGGAUAUAGGGAAUAUUAAAUUAGCUUUUUAAAGACAGGCGACACAAGCUGCAAGCAACAUAUUUUGACAGCAGGGGGAGAGCGCAUGCCGCAAAUGAUGCUGUCUGCUCCUGAUGACAGCCGAGGGCCCGCACUCUGGAUCUGUCUUUCCGGGGUUCAAACAGCAAGACUACUGUGCUUGAAGAGAAAGGACCACCGAUGAUCGUUUGUUAGCACAUAUAUGCAUCGUUUGCCCUAACAGCAGGCGCACCGCUUUUCAGAGAAACGUCCAGUGCGCGACACGACACUGAGGAUUUCAGAGAGCGACUACAUCGGCUAACAGUUCACAGCUAAACAGUUAGCCACGGCCGCAGUCAGGUAUGUCUGAAGUUAGUCUUGAAGCUGAAUCGAGGAACACCUCAGCCGAGGACCCUCAGAUGGAUUGUGAGGAGGAGGCUGACAAAGCAGAGGAGAGUUUGAGUGAGGAUGUUAAACAGGAGAGCGUAGACAACAGCAGGGAAGUAGAGGACAGAGACGAAGUGCUGUACGACAUUGAUAUUGACAGUGCUAGCGAAAAUGCAGAAAACAGUGGCGAGGAUGUUCAGGAGGAGGAUGAGGGCGUUAAGAGCGAGAGUGUGGUGACGCACAGUGACAGUGAUGCUGCACACGUGUCUGACAGUGUAGACGAUGGCCGGCACGAGACAAAUCACCAUGUUGAGACAGCUGAAACACCAGAGGAAAGUGGAGAUUCGCACACUGAAACAAAGGAAAGCACAAUGACUGAGGAGUCCCAUAGAAGCUCAGCCGCUGAGAUCCCAGUCACCAGCAACGGAGAACUGGAUCAGAGCCCUGAGACAGUUUUCCAGAGGGACUCUUACCCCAGUGUUCCUGGGGCCCUAAACCUUUCAGAGUCCAGUGUCAGCCCCAGCAACUAUGCUUCAACAACAGAGGGCAUCAUUGAAUCCGGACCAUACAAAGGGUCAGCAAGCCUGCCCACGUCUCCCGUGGCACCUGUAGCUCCCAACUCGGCUGUUGCUAGCCGCCUGGCACGCUCUUCCAGCGAUAGUCAGGCUGAGAAAGGCCCGAUGAAAGCACAGCCAAAGAGUGGAGCGGUGGUCCUCUCAGAUGACUUAAAGAACCCAGCCAUGGAAAAACUGGACCUUGUGAGAAAGUGGAGCAUCAACACAUAUAAAUGUACCCGGCAGAUCCUGUCAGAGAAGCUGGGUCGGGGCUCCAGGACUGUGGACAUGGAGCUGGAGGCUCAAAUCGAAGUCCUCCGCGACAACAAGAGAAAGUACCAACAAGUAAUCAAGCUGGCUCAGACGCUGGCCAAUCAGCUGACCCAGAUGAUGCAGACGCAGAGGCAGCUGGGCGACGCCUUCGCCGACCUCAGCCUCAAGUCACCAGAACUCCACGAGGAGUUUGGUUACAAUGCUGACACCCAAAAGCUUUUGGCCAAAAAUGGAGACACACUGCUGGGUGCAAUCAACUUCUUCAUCUGCAGUGUUGAGACACUCGUGGACAAAACGAUCGAAGACACCAUGCUUAAUAUCAAGCAGUAUGAAUUCGCCAGGGUUGAGUAUGACGCGUACCGUACAGAUUUGGAGGAGCUGAAUCUGGGGCCACGUGACGCCACCACCAUGCCCAAGAUCGAGCAGUCCCAGCAGCAGUUCCAGAUCCACCGUGAGAAGUACGAGAGGAUGCGAAACGACGUCUCCGUCAAGCUGAAGUUCCUGGAAGAGAACAAGGUAAAGGUGUUGCAUAACCAGCUCAUCCUGUUCCAUAAUGCCAUAGCUGCGUACUACGCUGGAAACCAACAGCAGCUGGAACAGACACUCAAGCAGUUCCACAUCAAGUUGAAAAUGCCAGGUGGGGACAGUCCAUCCUGGCUGGAAGAGCACUAAUCACUCCUUAUGAAGCCCUCGUGGCACGUUCUGCAGAAACUACAGGAAACCCCUCCCCCUUUAAACUCUACUGUCAAUGCCUUUUCAAACUUUAAGAAUUGUAAAUCUUUUAACUCAAUACACGAAUCGUGAAACAAAAAAAAAAAAAAAAAACCCUUCCACAAUCCGUUUAACUGUUGAUGUUGAAUCAACCCUUUUCUUUCGAAUCAUAGGAAACGCACUUUUAUACUGUUUGACAAAUCUGUUGAACAGGAGUUGCUGCAGUUAACACAUUUGGAAACUGUAAAUGGCCUUUUGUAUUCCAGCAUAUGAAUGUUGUAUCUCAAAUGGCGGACAGCUUGGCUCUGUAAGGGCAGCUAUGGGAUAAAAAACAAAACAAGAAAAAACUUCCAUUUUGCUCACUUUGUUUGAAUUACUCUUGUCAGCUGACUGAAAUGAUACCUUAUGAAAGUGUAAUCAAGAAGCGUCAGGAGACUCUGAUCAUGCCCUGAUUGGACUUUUCAUCUGUACUGAUAAACUGCAUUCAGAUAUCUGGAUCAUGCAAACUGGUCACUUUUACCAGCAAACUCUGAUUAAAGAAGUAGUUAGACAGUGUCAGAAAUAUGCUUAUUUGCUUUCUUGCUGAGAGUUCAACACCGCUGUCGUAUCUGUCUUUUCCAUACAAGACCGAUCACCAUGUUUGUUUACUGUAACUUCUGGAUAGAAAACCACUGCAUCACCCAAUAGGCUCCAUUUGCCUUGUUAUUAUUAUGUUAAUUCCAAGUGCAUAAAUCUUAUUCAUCUAUAUUGCAUGCUUGAUGCUUCAUAUCUCAUUAAUAACAACUCUUUCACCCAUUAGGUAACAGAAAUGACAGCUUGCAUUUGCCCCAAACUAACAAUUGGUCUCAGAUGUUGCUGCUGUGUAGAAGAAGCUAGCCAAGCACCACAGUGCAUGAAAUAAGCACAACAGACAGAAACAUCAGGUCUUUAGAGUUGUGGCUGAAAUUGACAACAGAAGAAUCAAGUUGUCACAUGACUUCUUUCGCCAGUUGUCAAAAAGUGACUGUUGUUGUUUGCAGGACAUGACGGUGAAUUGGUCUACAUGGCUGCAUCCAGUUGAUGUUAGCUUAGCUUAGCAUAAAAGGCUGAAAACCAGAAGACCACUGGCUUUGUCCAAAGGUAAAAUAUUAUGCCUGCCAGCAUCUCUAAACAUCACUAAUUACAAAAACCACAGUGUAAAAACAAAAUCAAGCUGUGUUUUUUACUGCAGGUUGUUAAUGUGCCCCAGAACAGAGUCCGGCUGGCUGUUUCCACCUGAUUCCAGUCUUUAUGCUAAACUACGCUAACAAGUUGCAAGAUGGAUGUAUCAAAAAAUAAUCUGGGCACAGUGUCAGAGUCGAGGCACUAUUGACUCCUAUGAACACUCGCUAACUUGAAGGCUAACUUCUUGUUCAACCCUCCAAUAACUUGAUGGGGAUAAAUCUUCUAGACUUUCCAAAUGUUGUCAAACCAAAUGGAUCAAACUCAGAUUUUUCAUUCCAUAGAAAAUGUUUUUCUACCAAUUUACAGCUGCUUCUUUCACAAUGAAAGCGUUUGUGAGAGACUCUUUGGAACAAGUGUGCAUUAUUUUACAUUGUAAUUACCGGGUUUGACUACUAUGUCAAAUUGGCUUCAAAGCCUGGCGCUCCCUCUGGGGGCUUGAGCUGCAGGCUGAAGCUGAGACCAGUAUAGAUCUCCUCGUCUAACUCUCUGCAAGAAAACAAAUAAGACUUCUUUCCGACCAUGUCUUUUAAAUGAUGUUUAAAAAGUCACAUUGAUGGCUGUUCACAACAAAUCUUUGCAUGUAUUGAUAUGAUUGUUUUGACACAAUGCUACUUUUAAUCAAUAUUGCCCUGUUUUUGUUUUGUUUUUUUUCAAGCAUUUUCCAAAAUUGGCACAUGGUAUGAGUGAAUGGGUUAAAGUGGUGAUUCUGUUAAAUUACAGAGAAAAUGAAGGAGCAGCCUUAUGUGACUAAAUGUGCCUUGAUUUCUUGAAUUUGUUCUUCUCUUCCCCUCCGUGUUACGAUUCCUGGACUUAUUACUGAAAACAGGCACUCGGGACCAACUCUUGAAGGAAGAGAAUGGACCAAACACACACUCACACAUACACAAACUCUGUCUCCAUGAGGACGUACAGUUAGUCUGUGCAACUGUACGUGAUGAAAACACAUCACACAACAACAAAAUGAUAGCUGUACUUGAAGAAUAAUCCAGAACGUCUAAAUGUAUUUUCAGACUUCUCAAAGAUAUUUAUCCAUAUUGCACAUAUGCACAUUUAUGCAUUUGAGACUAAUUACAAAAAGAAAAAACUUGUAAAAACUGUAUGAAAUGUAAAGGUGAAAACCAAAAUGCGAUUAACUUUUUGUCUUUUGUAAAUUUAAAAGACCAGCAUCUUCUGUCUGAGCUGCUAACAGUCUCUUUCAUCGGGCUACAUAAAAGUAUAUUUUUCAAAAGAAGACAUAUUGAACGCUGGUAUUGAUAACCAGCCGUCAUGUCUUCACUUUGUUGAUUUGUACUUUUCCUAUGGCUCACCAUAGCAGUUUGAGAGUGUGAAUCUUGUACAACAAUCUAUUGUUUCCCUGAAAUAGAUGGAUAUAUAUUUGUAAUUUUCUCUAUUUUACCUUGAGUAUGUAGUCUUUGACCAAUGCUGCCACGCAGCUUUGUUUUUCCUGAAGACCCACAGAAUGACGUACUAGUACUUGUAUGUGCUAGUGGAUCUUUACCUUUUAUGAUAAUGAAACAUUAACAAGUGUUGAGUUAAGAAAGGAUUCUGAAUGUUGUGUAACCUCUUUGGGGAAAAUAAAAGUUUCUUUUCUUUAAGCAUCUUCA